AUGGCCAAGCUUGCGUCAGAUCCAAACGCCUCCAACAACAACAGCGGCGAGGCGGUCAACAACAACCACAAUGGUCAGAACCAGAACGGUGGGGCCUCCAAUUAUCAGGCCCUGCCCCUCACGCCUGCUCCGGCCAAUACGCCACUCCACAAGGCCAUCAAGCACGACCUCUUCCCGGAGGUCACCUUCUGCAACCUCUCCGCCGAGGAGCUCGCUGAUGGGGCGGGACACAGCCGUGCGGUAAGGAGCAGUGUCAUCGAACUGGACGACGGCACCUUGACGUGCCUGAUGAACGGAAACGGGCAGGUGAAGCGACGCAAGCGCCUGAUCUCGAACGAGUCCGGCGACUCGAUUGACUCCAGUUCCACGGAGAAGAAAACGCCCAAGAUGCCCGACGGCGGAUAUGGGUGGGUGGUGGUGUUCGCCUCUCUGGUGGUGUCCCUUAUUGCCGACGGAUUGAGCUUCUCAUUCGGACUAAUCAAUGUGGAACUGCUAGACUACUUCGGAGAGUCCACCUCCAAGACCGCCUGGAUAUCUUCGCUAUUCUUCUCCGUGCCCCUGCUGAUGGGGCCCAUCUGGUCCAAUCUCGUAGACAAGUACGGCUGCCGAAAGAUGACCAUCCUCGGCGGUGUGGUCUCUGCCUUUGGGUUUGCGCUAUCUUCGUUAUGCAACUCAAUCGAGAUGCUCAUGGUGACCUUUGGUGUCAUCUCGGGACUGGGCCUAGGCAUCGGGUACGUGACCGCUGUGGUGUCUAUUGCUUUUUGGUUCGACAAGAAGCGCACCUUCGCCACCGGAAUCGGAGCAUCAGGUACUGGAAUCGGGACCUUUGUCUACGCCCGCCUAACUUCCUAUCUAAUUGAAUCGUACGGCUGGCGGGGAGCCACCCUAAUCCUUGGAGGCACCAUGCUUAACGCAUGCGUUUGCGGUGCUCUGAUGCGUGAUCCCGACUGGCUCAUCGAGGAGAACCGACUGGAAAGUCGGUCCCAAAGCGUCACCACCUUCUCAAACUCCAGUGUGUGCCUGGAGGAAAUUAAGAAGCUCCUGGACACCGGCAUCACAAAGGAGGCCGUGCUGAACUCGCUAGUGACCAAGAACAACACGGAAGCCAAUCAGCAGAUUGACGAUCCCUUGGACUCCGCCCUCAAGCGCUACCGCAGCGAGAUUUUCCUGCCCACGUUCCUGAGCACUCAGGAGCUCGACAGCAUCUGCGAGGUUAAGAGCCUGAGCCGACGCUCCCUACGCCACAAGGAGGGCGCGGAGGCCCCAUCACGCGAUAACCUGCUGUCCAUGUCCUCCGGAGCAGGUGCCUAUCCUCCAUCGACGGCCGUUAUAGGAUCACCCGAUGAUACCCUAAUGGGCGGAAUAGCACAAGAGGCGGCAGAGGUAGCAAAGAAGGCUUACCUGGCCUCCAUCGAGACGCUGUCUCCAUCAGAAAAGCGCUCCACUUGCGGAACUCCCAAUGGCUCCCUGCGCUCCUCGGACGAAGGCUACCUCACGCAGAAACACGCCUCCUCCCGAUACUCGCUUAACGAAAACAUCUUCAUGGCCAAGCAUACAACACCAUCAAUCUCCAACCUAAAGGUGAAUGGCCUACGACACAAUUCGGUGGAUAUCUUAAGCGAGGACAUGCACUGCUACUACUCAAAGGACGAGACUUUCGCAUUGCUGGAGCCAAGCAGGCGCAUCAGGCCCACCGUAAUCGCCAUUCCGGAACAGGAGCAGUCAGUCAACAGCGAACUGGCCACUCGUCGCGCACGCCUGGACAGCAUCACGGGAAUCCGCAGACUGUCGCGUUCCAAGAAACCCAGCCACCACCGAUCGAACCUCCGCCGCAAUAUCUCGAUCCGGAACUCCAACUUCCUUAAAGACAUGCGCAUUCACCGAAACUCAAUCCACUACCGCGGGGCCAUGCUGAACACGCACCGUUACCGGCUGCGCGCCUCCUCCUGUCCCAACAUCUACCGCAACUCGAUGACUACCAUCGCCAAAGAGGAGGAGGAUACCUGGUAUGACAACUUCGUGGACACUAUGAAGUCCAUUUUUGACUUUUCCCUUUUUCUGGACGUGAAGUUCGCCCUCUUCAAUCUCUCCACAUUGUUUUUGUUCAUUUGGUUCAUUAUCCCCUAUCUGUACCUUCCCGAUUACAUGAAGCAAUACAAGUACGAAGUGAGCCAGAGUGCCGAGUUUAUUUCGGAUGUUGGCAUUGCCCAAACGGUGGGCAUGAUAGGACUAGGCUAUUUGGGUGAUCUGCCCUGGAUGAACAUCAACAUAUGCUACUCGCUGUGCAUGCUGGUCUGCGGAGCGUCUGUGUUCUUCAUGCCCCUGCUGAUUACUAACUACAUGGGCCUGAUGGUCAUGUGCGUUAUUUUCGGAUUUACUUUCGCUAGCUCUUUUUCGUUCACGCCCAGCAUUUUGGUCAGCAUUGUUGACUUGGACGAUUUCACGUGUGCCUACGGUCUGGUGCUACUGGUCCAGGGAGUAGGAAUGAUCGCAGGACCCCCUAUAGCAGGCGUCAUUUACGAGUAUACGGGCAGAUGGGAUGACACCUUCUAUUAUGCUGGAAUAUUUAUCGCACUCUCCGGUGUCUGUUCGUAUCUGAUCGAGUUCUGUGAAAAGAAAGCACCCAAAGAGAGUGAUAUUGAUGUCUUAGAGACUAAAAAAGCUCAACUUUUACACUAGGUUACUUACACUGCACCGUUGAAAGCCGAAAGUAGAAUGCAAUUGAAGGUACUAUAAAUCCGAACUGUAGCAUAAUAAUGGACUAGCAUUAAAUGUUACCGAGUUUCUUAUGUCAAAUGGUGUUGCAGCCAUAAAAUCAGAGCAGAAUUGUAACUGAAACUAUGCCUAUACCUAAGCUCUAGCCUGUAAGACUAUACUUGACUUGACUAAUCGUAGCUAAGUAUCAAUAUACACCUAACAUACUUACCGCACUAGGGCAAUUACUAACCGCAUCUUGUACUCAUGUUUAGACAAACUGUUCAAUUUCAAUCAAUAUCAAUGCAGUGCAUCACUGCCAGGUGCAAACGGGUCCCUCAAUUGUCUUCUUUACAAAAAUUAGAAAAAUAGUUUUAAUUGCCUUACAUUUCUUACGAAUAUUAAUAAAGGGAAUACAAUAAACAGCAAUCUAUGUAACGUAUGCAAUAACAAGCGACCAUUUUCAAUCAAUAUAAACUUCACAAUAAAAAACCAAACAUCGCGGAUCUGAAUAGUUUCAAAAUCAACAAACCAACUAGCAAACUAGGGUAUAAAAAAUAGUCAAUGUUGAAUAGAAAAACCUGUUUUUGCAGUUUGACAAAAUUUUUCUUAGAUAAAACAGAUAAGAUUUAGAAAAUAAAAACAAACCGAUGUAAUAUCUUUAAAAGUUCAAGUAUUAUUAAAAAAAAAUACAAAAAUAUUUAUAAAUUGUAUAUUUCCGUAGUAAAAGAACGUUUUAUCAUGUAUGCACCUUGAAAAUUAAGUAAAUGCGACACUAUAGCCGUAUAGAAACUGGAAGCUGUUGAUUCCAAUCACUUUAGCAAAUAUGUACAUAAACAAAGAAGAAUCACGAUUCUAUAUUAUUUACAAGACAUUAAUUGAACAAUUAUCUACCGAAAGCCUCUUACUAAAUAAAAAACGGUUAAAACUAA